CAGCCGCUGACAGCCCACAGCGCAUGCGCAUAGCGCCCAAAAAUGAAUGCGGCUUGUGUGCAGCAGGAGUAAAUCCGGGCAGUGCUGGACGUUAUGCUCUCUCUGGCUGAGCUGUAGGGUGAGCGAGAGUUGCGAGUGUUUUGCGAGAGGUGCGGGGCGAUGGCGUCGGAGGAGCAGGAGGAUUUCGGGGUGUUUGUGGACUGGGCUCAGAUGGGCGAUGUUUCUCGAGACGCCGCUCCCGGUAAAACCGAGUAUAAAGAUCUGAAGGAGCUGAAGCUGCACGCCCGCACCGGCCAGUGGACCAGGAACCACAGCCAGAGGGCGCUGGUGUACCGGCAGCUGAUCAAAGCCCUGCCGUGCCGAGCGGUCACCGCCGACGCCGCCGUCUACCGCGAUAUCGUGGGGAACGCCAGCAGCAAGAGGAACCCGGCUAACUUCCCCCUGCCGGAGUUCGUGGACGGGGCGGCGGUUCCGCUGUACUGCCUGAAGCCGGAGUCGCUGGGUUCGGUUCACGCUGUCAUCUCCUGCGUGGCGGGCGAGUUCCCGGACGUGUCGCAUUGCCCGGCGCUGCCCGCCGUGGUGUCGCUGCUGAUGCACUGGAGCGCGGACGAGUCGCAGUGCUUCGAGGCGGCGGGGCGCCUGCUGGCGUGUAACGAGCCGGGCCGCCGCAUGCUGGACCAGACCUUCCUGGCCUACCAGUCGUCCUGCAUGACCUUCGGCGACCUCGCCCACAAGUACUGCCCCGCCGCGCACAAGCUGAUCGUCGCCGCCGCCACCGACGUGCUGGAGGUGUACGCCGACUGGCAGCGCUGGGUGUUGGGGGACCUGCCCUUCGCCCACGCAGCCAGGGUAAUGGACGUGUUCCUGGUGGAGGGAUAUAAGGUGCUGUACCGCAUCGCUCUCGCCAUCCUGAAGUUCUACAGGAAGCACAAGGCUGCCGGAGCCACGCCCCUUCAGCAGGACUCGGCCGGCGUCAAAGCUGACAUCCAGGCGUUUGUGCGGGGGAUAGGGGGCAGUGUGAGUCCUGAUAAACUGCUGGAGAAAGCGUUCUCUAUCCGACUCUUCAGCCGGAAGGAGAUCACCCUGCUGCAGCUCGCCAACGAGAAAUCCCUGCAGCAGCGCGGCAUCACCGUCCGCCAGAAGAGGAGGAAUGUUCAGUUAGCAGUAAAUGCUGAGAACUUCAGCUCGGAGAUCGUCAGCGCUAAAGAGAUGAAGGAGAUCUGGUCGUGGAUCCCGGAGCGAUUCGCUCUCUGCCAACCCCAACUACUGUUCACCACGUCUACACACGGCUGCAGCUUAAACAGGUUUUAUUCUCACUGUGAGGGAUAUGAGCCAACACUCCUACUGAUCAGAACUACAAACAAAGAGGUGUGCGGAGCGUUCCUGUCGACGGAUUGGGAGGAGAGGAAGAGGGGGGGUAAUAAGCUCAGCUACUUCGGUACGGGGGAGUGCUUCGUCUUCAGGAUGAAGCCGGAGAUGGAGCGGUAUGAGUGGGUGGUUAUUAAGCACCCGGAGUUGGCGAACUCAACCCCGGCCGGAUCAGAAGAGCCCGACGAAGGCGCUAACGGCACUAGCGACGCUAACGCUAACUCACACAGCCUCCCCGUAGAGACUCCACCCACUUCCACCACUGACUCCGCCCACCUCUCACCCUUCCUCGCCGCCCGACACUUCCACCUGAACGUCCGGAACACGUCCAUGUUCAUGGCGGGAAGCGUCGACUCCAUUAUCAUCGGUGGGGGUGGUGAAGGUAAUGCUCUGUAUAUCGAUUCGGAGCUGAAUCACGGCCGGACGGGACGCUGCACUACGUUCGAUAACCCGCCGCUCUGCACCGAGAGCUUCCAGAUCGCCCUGCUGGAGGUCUGGGGCUUCCAGGACGCCAUGGCAACCUAACAGCCAAUCACAGCAGCUGAUGAUGUCACACGGAUACGGUGUCGUUGGGGGUAACCAAACCGACCCCUUCCAGGAAAACAAUCUGGAAGAUUUGCUUUAAAGUGAUAGUUCAGAGACAAAUUAGCCCAGUUCACUUUUAAAACCUAGACGCCCAGUUUUAGCACUGGAGCUGUGAGGCUAAUGUAGCUAACACAUACCGGAAGAUUAUACCCCACCAUUUAUAGCACUGGAGCUACGAGGCUAACAAGUAAUAGAAGCUGAAGCUGUGAGGCUAACAUAACUAACACAUACUGAAAGAUUAUACCCCACCAAUUAGCAUCGUAACUUUGAGCUAAUAAGUAAUAAAAUCUGGAGCUAUGAGGCUAAUAUAGCUAACACAUACUGGAAGAUUAUAGUCCACCAAUUAGCACUGUAGCUACGAGGCUAACAAGUAAUAGAAGCUGGAAAUAAGAGACUAAUGUAGCUAACACAUAUCGAAAGAGUAUACCCCACCAAUUAGCACAGGAGCUACGAGGCUAACAAGUAAUAGAAGUUGGAGCUGUAAGGCUAAUGUAGCUAACACAUACUGGAAGAUUAUACCCCAUCAGUUAACACCAAAACUAUGAGCUAACAAGUAAUAGAAGCUGGAACUAUACAGCUAAUGUAGCUAACACAUACUGGAAGAUUAUACCCCAUCAGUUAACACCAAAACUAUGAGCUAACAAGUAAUAGAAGCUGGAACUAUACAGCUAAUGUAGCUAACACAUACUGGAAAAUUAUACCCCACCAAUUAGCAGCGUAACUUUGAGCUAACAAGUAAUAAAAGCUGGAGCUAUAAGGCUAACGUAGCUUACACAUACUGGAAGAUUUUAACCCCACUAAUUAGCACCGUAACUAUGAGGCUAAAAAUUAAUAGAAGCUAGAACUAUAAGGCUAAUGUAGUUAACACAUACUGGAAGAUUAUACCCCACCAAUUAGCACUGGAGCUACGAGGCUAGCAAUUAAUAAAAGCUGGAGCUAUGAGGCUAAUGUGGCUAAGAAGGAAUUGAAGUUUAUGCCACACAUAGCCAACAAGUAAUGGAAGUACCACCAAUCUCCCACCAAUUAGCAUCUGUACAUUUAUUUAAUUACUUGUUAGCAAAAUUAGCUUCAUAGCCCUGAUAACCCCACCAGUGAGAUGCUAAUUGGUGUGUGUAAUCGUUCAGUAUGUAUUAGCUCUGUUAGCCUUAUGUAAGAUAACAGUGAUUGGUUACUGAACUAUCGCUUUAAUACUCAUCGCUGUAUAUUUGUAAUAUCGUAUAAAUCCUCUGUUAUUAUUAUUAUUAUUAUUACUGCUUUAUUAUUUUAGAUAAUCAGUUUCAGUGUUUUUUACUUUUUUUGUAAUGUUCUCUCAGACCAAGAGCUCGGUAGCUUCUCAGAAACACGAUCAAUAUUAUUGAUCGUUAUUGAUCAGAGUGGGCGUGGUCAGUCAGUCCAGAUCAAUGACUGCGAUUGUGAAUGUUAGAGUUUGAGAGAGCGUGACGCCAUGCUCUCGCAUUACUCUCUCUCUCUUUAAUGAUCAGCACGUGAAUCGGGGCAUUGGAUUGAGAAUUUAUUGAACGCUUAAUUGAUCAGUUUAUCAGUUAAUUAAUCAUAUCAAUCGCACAUAUAGAAAAAGGAGUAAUCCAGCAUUUCUUUUUUAUUUUUAAUUUAGAAAAGAACAGUAAAUUCUAAUUAACAGUUAAUUCUAAUUCUAAAAAUUUCGGUAAUAACAUUUCAACGUGCUGACAUGCCAAAAGUCAUGGGACAAAAACUAGUAGUCCCAUAACUUUUGCAAUGUCCCAUAGAAGGUAAAGAAGAGUGGACCCUUGCAGUCCCAUGAUUUUUGGUGGGCUGUAUGCAACACAUAUCAGAUACUGGGUGGAGAAUAGAUUUAUGCUAAUUAGGGCUGAAUGUAAUUGUAUGCAUUUAAAUCCAAACAUGAAGGACACGCCCACUGCAGUAAAAGCACUAAAAUCCAGAGUACUGAAGAUAGAAAUUACACAACGCUAUACGUCCAACCUUCUAAUCAAUGCAACUAUUAACCACUGCUAACACAGAUGUGCAAAUGCACACAUACAGCUUGUCUAGACCCUGUAGAAGUGGGAUAUAGAGGGGUAUAAACCCCUAGUAUUUAUCUGUGGAGCAGCGGAAGAACAAAUAAAAAGCAGCUAUCCCAAUACAUUUGAUUAUUUUGAUAUAUUUUCAGAAGUUCAGAUGUCUUAAUUUAAGUUGAAGGAUGGAUUGGGUCAGUUUUAGGUUGGAUCCUUUGUUUUCACUGCUGUGUUUCUGUGGUAGAGCUCCAUAAAGAGUCGUAACACUAUCUGACAUGAGCUUCUGUAGUUCUUCUUUAGGAGAUGCUAGGCUAACAGCUAACAUUGCUAACAAACUAUAGGCUUGUAGACUGUCGCUUAAUCUUUUUUAAACACACCCCCAAAACCGACUCCCAAGACUUUUAAGUUUAAAAACAUAAAAUUAAAAAACUCUGACAGAAUCUGGGUCAGUUUCUUAUUAAUCAUAAUAUUAAGUAAAACAAUUUUUUUUUACAGUUUUUCUUUUUUUCUUUAAUUUACCAGGAUUGGAUCAGGACAAAAGUAGAAUAAACCCUUUUUAAUAGCCUUGAAUUCAAAAGAAACAACAAAUAAAGAGCAGAUAUCUCAAUAUUUUUAAUUAAUUUGAUGUAUUUUUAGAAGUUCGAUUGUCUUAAUUUAAGUUGAAAGAUGGAUUAAGACUCAUUUGAUUCAGAUCAGGCUAUUCUUAGUCAGUUUUAGGUUGGAUCCUUUGUUUUCGCCACUGUGUUUCUGUGGUAGAGCUAAAUUACAAGACGCUAUCUGUCCUGAGCCUCUGUAGUUCUUACUUAGGAGACGCUAGGCUAACAGCUAAUGUUGCUAACAAACUGUCGCUAAUUUACUCUUAUCGCUUUAAAACACUUUAAAAAACGCUUCCAAAACUCCCAAGACUUUUAGUAAAAAGAUAAAAAUAAAAAACUUUUAUAUAACGAAAAAAAAUCACUUAUUAAAAAUAAUAUUAAGUAAGAUUUUUUUUAUAGUUCCUUUUUUUCUUUUAAUUUACCUGGAUUGGAUCAGGACAUCCCUGAACACACCCAUUUCUGAAAUCUCCGCCCACUUGCGUCUAUACUGAGUGAUUUAGCUGUAAAUUAUUGGAACUCUUUAAAUAUAGAAUAUUAAUGUGCUGAAUUCUGAAAGUUUUAAUUUUUAAAACAAACAUUAAACAUUUUUGACAAGUUUUGUCAAAUUUUAUCAAACUUUAUGAGCAUCUGAUCAACCGAGACGUGGGUCUAUAUCGUUUGUUUUGCCAUAAUAAUGAUAAAUUGCUGAAUUAUCAUUCUGUUCGUGUUAUUUCGUCCAUAUCAGCCAACCCUGUGAAUGUUCUGUGAAUGUUAGGUUUGUGUUGGAUCGAUGUUGUGUAGAGGUGUGGAUUUAAGCUCUAAAAUGAUGCUGUGUGUCCUUCCGUUUGCUCAGUGUGUGUGUGUGUGUUUAUUGUGUAGUGUGUGUGUGUAGUGAGUGUGUGUUGUAUGUAAGUGUAAAUGUAUGUUUUUAUCCAUAUGCAAGUUUUACACACUCAAGGGUGCAGUUCUGUUCUCUCUGUGAUCAGUAACGAGUUCUACAGGUAUAAAUGCUAAACCGAACAAAACCAAAAAGCUCUAUAGCUCAGCCUGCGUUUCUUAGCACAAUACCUACAUUUACAGAGUGUGUUGAGCUGGUACAGUGAGUGGAUCAGAUGCAGCAGCAGUGCUGCUGGAGUUUUUAAACACUGUUUAAUCACCUUGUAGAGAAAGUAAAGUCAGAGACAGAAGAUCUGAAUCUGUUGCUGCACAGUUUACACUCUUCAUCAUCCUCUAGUCCUUUAUCAGUACAGGGUACAGGACAGUCCCCACAGGACUCCGCCCCCCACAUGACUCCGCCCUCAGGACAUGUUUCAGGCUUUCCUUGCUCUCUUUCAGACCCAUUGAAUUCAGAUCAGACUAUUUAGAGUCAGAUUUAGGUUCUAUCCUUUGUUUUCGCCGCUGUGUUUCUGUGGUAGAGCUCCAUAAAGAUUCAUAACACAAACUGACCUGAGCUUUCGUAGUUCUUCAUUAGGGGAUGCUAGGCUAACAGCUAACAUUGCUAACAAACUCUAGACUUCUAGACUGUCUCUAAUUUUAAAUCUUAAUCUCUUUAAAACACGCCCCCAAAAACAUUGUUCUUUAAUUUAACUGGAUUAGAGUGAGGCAGAAGAUCUGAAUCUGCACAGUUUACAGUCUUCACUAUCCUCUAGUCCUUCAACAGGACACUGCCCACAGGAUGAUGCCCAGAGGACGCCCUACACAGAUUGAUGCCCCCAAACAAAGCUCACAGGACGUUGCCCACUGGAAGCCGCCCACAGGACGAUGCCCACAGGACAAUGCCCACAGAUUGGUGCCCACAGAACAAAGCCCACAGGACCCCACCCACAAGUUGAGGCUCACAGGACAUAUUUCAGCCUAAACUCGCUCUCCUGUGAAUCCAGUGGCUUCAGAAUAGACAGUAUUGAGUCAGAUUUAGGUCUGAUCCUUUGUUUUCGCCGCUGUGAUGCUUUUCCUUACUGAAUCUCUGAGGUAAAUCUCAGACAAGAACCAGGCAGUUCAGAAUCUGCAGUUUAUACAUAAAAAUGAUUCUUUCUGAGUUUUAUAGAACAGGGUGAAAAUAAGGAGGAGAAACACAAACACAAAUACAGUCUGUAAUUAUUAAAUUAUACAACUAUGGAGUGCAAUAUAUGAUCAGAGGAGCUGAAAUCAAGGAGGUGGUCAUAAUAUUAUGCUUAAAUGUAGGUAUUGUGAUAUGGCAAUGAGGCGGAGCUACAGCCGGUCAGUCUCUUAGCAACUGUUGCUAUCGAAGAACACAGUUAGUGGGCGGGGCCUGAGAGGUGCACUAGUGAUGAAGGUGUGUGUGUGUGUUAGUAAGGAUAUGUACUCAGUGGGUGAUGAUAUAAUUGUUUAUUCUGAAGUCUAUAAGACUAUAAAUGUUGUGGGUUUGACCUGGGAACAAUAUUAGUGUCAAUAUUAAUAUUAAUAUUAAUAAUUAUGCAGUAUUUAAAUCUCUCUCCAGCAUAUCUCUAUAUCAUAUCCUCUCGUUUUUUUGUUUGCUUUUAUUGUUUUUUUUUUUUACAUGAAGCAGAUACGUGUGUGUGUGAGUGUGUGUGUGUGAGUGUGUGUGUGUGUGUGUUCAGACUGGGCAGUAUUAUUGUUGUGUAUGUGUUGCAUCAUGAAUGAUUGAAGAUUAUGGAUCUUUAUCAUAAGUGUCAAUAAAGAAAUGUACAUACAAAUA